GGGCCUGGUUGCAGCUCACUGAGUGGGCACCUGCAUUCUACUACCUCCCAGGAAGGGGAGCGGGAUCUAGAAAGAAUAACUUCACCCUUGCAGGCUUUUCAGGGAGCUCUGAGUUUCAGAACAAGCAAGUGAAGAAGAAAUGGUAAGCAUCUUCUCCAGCCGUGGAGUGCGCACACUUUUACGUGGGACUACAUACUUCGUCCUGCCCUGCUCCUCGCCUGGUCAGAAAGGUGUUUGCUAGAAGCACUGCCAGGGCUGAGCACGCUGGAGAAGGCUGCAGACACCCCCUCUGAGGGCAUGUGCAGCCAAGGAGAGAGACAUUUCUGAGGACAAACAAACAUGUGACCAGGGGAGGCACACAUGAAGAAGAAGGAGAGAGAAUCCGAAGCAGGCUCUGUGCUAUCAGCACAGAGCCUGAUGAGGGGCUCAAACCCACAAACCAUGAGAUCAUGAGCUGAACCAAAAUGAAGAGUCAGACACUUAACAGACUGAACCACAAAGGCACCCCUUUUUUCUUAUUAAAGUACACAUCUAUGAAACAAAAUGUCAAAUAUAUAUUUUAAAGACUCCCAUAGAUACUUCCAAAAGGCAGCAGGUUCAGGAAGCUGGGGAAUAUAUAAUAUCCAAUCACAUUUAAGAUGCUAGGAGUCUCCAUGUUCUACAUCAGUCAGUGACUCCAAGCCUCUAAACCCCAGGUGUCAGCUCUCAGAAACUCUGGAAGAAUUUUUCAAAUCCCAUCCCAAACCAUCGCAAACCUUUGGGAAGUCCCAUAGGGGCCAGGAGUCCAGUGGAUUUCCUAGAGCACACUUGGUCAGUUCCGUCAUCGAUAAGGACGUCUUGCUUUAGCUAAAUUCUUGUUCUUUGCACUGAAUCUUCCGGCUGUUUCUUCAGUUCUGCUGUGCAGUCAGUUAUGGGAGUUUGCUAAUUUUUACACACAAGAUCACUACUCACCUAAAACCUGUGGGAUCAACUUUACCAAGGGCUUUGGGGAGCCCAAAGGGGCGUUAUGCAGAAGACAAACCUGUCAUCUAACGGGUCAGAGACAAGUUAUCAAUCAACCCUUCCCUUUGCUUGUCCUUGUGUUUUGCCCAUGGGACACAGCAGUAGCCAGGUGUUGCCAUGAAGAGGUAGCAUUUGAAAUGGAUGGUGGAGCACAGACAGGACUCAGACAGAAAUGUGGGAGAGAAUGAGUGGUCAUGGGGGUGAGCGCACAGGUGGGCUGGAAAGGCCCUGAAACCUGUCCUCUGUGGAGCAGCUGACCCAGAAUGGGAGUGAGUGGGACACAGGGCUGGCAAAGCAGACAGAGCAGAGCUGCGCCCUGGUGACCAGGUCCUCGUGAGAUCAUGCAGACUCCAUCACUGAGUGGCUAGCUGUAGUAAAUCCUGCCGGACUUGGGGUCAUCGCUUAGUUUCAGAGGCCUCAGAUUCGGGGCAGGAACACCAGGAGCCAGAAGGGAGUGUCCCAUCUCUCCAGCACACAGGUCAUAUUUACACAAAUGACACAAGCCAAAUUCUUUGGUCUUCGGAGAGCAGAUCACAGGUUCUUCACAUCAGCAUGGGAGAUAGGUAUCUUUUCCAAUUUUCAAAAGCAAACUGCAAACUCUCUUCUUGUCCCCCGCCCCCCCCGGCCCCCCCCCUCGGCCCAUCCCCAGCCAACCGCCCUAAGGUGGUUCCCUAUGUCACUGAGCAGAAUUUCUGAUUCUCACGGUUUUCCAAAGUCUCCCUUGGCUGUGGAAUCUUCUGAGAAAUCUUUGUGCCUACAGUUAAUGCCACUGACAUAAAUUACCUGGGAAAUUCUCAGCUAAGGCUCACUCACUGACACAGAGGACGGGUUAUCACUUCCACUCUGUCAUUUGCACUCAGGGUCCCUGAAAGGACCAACGAGGCUCACCAAAGAAUUGCAUGGUUUGGUUCCAAUACCAACCAGGUCCUUAUAGGGUUCUUCCCCAAAUUCUGAUGUUCAGAGGAGGGCAGGAAGCAUGACCUUUCAUUGGGAUGUCACCAGCUCUUUGGACCUUGCCUGAGCCACCUUAGGUAGUUAUACCUAUUCGAUAAACAAAUGAAUGAUUGAAGGAAUGAAGGAACUAACAGGUUAUGUUUGGAACUCUUUCAGGUGGGCAUGGGAGGACGCAAGAUGGCCAGAGAUGAAGAAAAUGCCUACGGUAAGAACUGAUCUCAGGGUGUACAUGCCCCUAGGCGUCAGCUCUGGGUCCCAAGGCCAUGGGCUAACUCAAGACUGAACAGAGACAUUGGGGCACCUGCGUGGCUCAGUCGGUUGAGCGUCUGAGUCCAGCUCAGGUCAUGAUCUUGCAGCUCGUGAGUUCGAGCCCCACGUUGGGCUCUGUGGUGACAGCUCAGAGCCUGGAGCCUGUUUCAGAUUCAUCUCCUUCUCUCUCUGUCCCAACCCACUCACAUUCUGUCUCUGUCUCUCUCAAAAAUAAAUAAACAUUAAAAAAAAAAAAGACUGAACAGAGACAAUCCUAGACAUGUCCCCAUGCUGGGGUGAAACAGCUAGAGCCCCAGCUUUGCAUUUUUGCUGGACCUCUGCCCCUGCCCUACUGUAGGAUAUUAAGUGCCUUGACCAGACUGUGCCUUGGAUCCCACAGGGUACAAUGAGGAUAAUACAUCUACUCCAAUCCCCACAGAAGAUGUGGAGGGUUGAGAUCAUGGACUGGAGGGAACACGGUUUACCAGGUAGACUGUGUCCAUGAACAAGGAUGGAGGGUUAACUGUGUCUUACUGGAAGCAGGUUUCCUAGAGAGAAGAGGGAGGAGGAGGGGAAGUGGAGGAAGGGAAGAAGCAAAGAGAUCCUGUCACCUAAUACUCAGAGCAACCCUGGGAGACACAACUCUCUGUCACCCCUCCCAUUAUGCAGAAGACGUUAAAGGCUUAGACUAAACUUGCCCAGGGUUCCACAGCUGGCACAUGCGGGGCUGUGAUUCCAACCCGGGGUGUCUGGGACUCCCCGGCCUCCCAGGCCUUCUAUGCCCUCCCGCAUCUCCUCGCUGGGAUGGCCCCUGGGAGCAGUCUGGCAGAGGCCUGGGAAGUCGUCGAGCACGGAGCAGCUCUGCAAGGUGCAGACGACCAGAGGUAAUGUCAGCUGAAGUCAUGACCUGCGACCUUCGAGGGGGACCCUCCAGAGCAGUGUGCACCCGGUGCCAGAGCAUGGACUGGGAGGCAGGUGCAGGCACUCGAGCCAAAGAUGGAAGAAAGGUGGCUAAAGAUGCCCCCGGAGUCUCACAAGCUCUAACCAGAGCGCCUGGGAAAGGCCUGGUUGGACAAGCAGAAGCGGGAGGCGUCGGUGCCCUCCUCCGUUCAGGAGGCACCCCGUAGCCCCGGUGGAGCGAGAUGCGCGCUCUCAGGCCGGCGGCCCAAGCCUACUCUGUCCUCAUAGGUUCCCAGGACCCGGACGACCAGCAGCAGCCGCUGGCGCAGGAGCGCAGGCUCAGGCUCAUCCUGGCCGGCAGGACCGGAGUGGGCAAGAGCGCCACGGGCAACAGCAUCCUGGGCCACAGGCUCUUCCCGUCCAGGCUCGCGGCCACCCCGGUGACCAGAAGCUGCGCCCUGGGGAGCCGCAGCUGGGCCGGGUGGCGCGUGGAGGUCACCGACACCCCCGACCUCUUCACCGCCCAAGGGCGACACGCGGACCCGGACUGCACCGAGCGGGCCAGCUGCUACCUGCUCUCGGCGCCCGGGCCGCACGCGCUGCUGCUGGUCACGCAGCUGGGCCGCUUCACCGCCCAGGACGAGGAGGCGGCGCGCGGCGUCCGCGAGCUGUUCGGCGCCGGCGUCCUGGCGCGCGCCGUGGUCGUCUUCACGCGCCGGGAGGACCUGGAGGGGGGCUCGCUGCACGACUACGUACGCGCCACCGACAACCGCGCGCUGCGGGCCCUGGUGGCCGAGUGCGGCGGCCGCGUGUGCGCCCUGGACAACCGGGCGGCGGGCGCCGAGCGCGAUGCGCAGGUGGGCGAGCUGCUGGCGCUGGUGGAGCGGCUGGCGCUGAAGCACGACGGCGCGCCCUUCACCGACGACGUGUACGGCCUGGCGUGGGCCCGGCGCCACGCGCGUCCCGAGGAUACGCUCCGCCUGGUGGCCGCACGGCUGGCGGCCCGCGGUCUGGGGCGGGGGUGGAGGCGGGGGCGGCGCUGGCUGGAGGCCGCGAGGCGGGGAUGGCCGCUGGCGCUCCUGCUGCUGGGGGGCGCACUGUUAUUUGUCCUGCUGCUUCUCCAGCGGGGGGCUCCAGGCCCAGAUUGAAGGCUCUGCCCUUCCAAAUGCGGGGAGCCUGGAGGGUAAAGGGGCUGGGUCAAGGCGCUGAGGGGAACUUAAACCCAAUUUCAAAGGAAACCUGGAGUUUCAGACUGGAAGUCUUAAUGACUCAGGACGCCUUGGACACAGUAUGGACUUUUCAAAGGCUCAAGUUCACUUUUAGCAUUCAAAUGUCACUUUUGACUAUAUGUACACUAUUCAAAUAAAUGUGGUUAACUUUCAAA